AUGGCCACCAAAUGUGCUGCCUCGUCGAGGCCGGCUCUGCCUGCUGUUCUGCGCAAUGUUUUCCGCUCUCAGUUCUUCAAUGAUUCGGGCGCUUCUUCAGUAAUCCCACAUCACCGACCUCUUGCCUUUGGUCGUCUUUUCAUUUCGAAUAUCCAGCUCCAACAAUCAUUCAGUUCAAUGGCGCGCUUGUGCGAUCCUUCUAGUGAAUCAGCGCUCGCAGCCCCUGAAACUCCGGCUGUCGCCGAUGACAUCGUGUCUUUACAAGACAAAAUACCGAAAAAGAGAGAUUACGAUUCAGAUGGCAAAAAAGGUGUAUUGAACAAUCAUAAGCGUCACCCCAAGGACCAGCGAAGGGACCCAGAUAACACCGGAAGAACCGACAGAGAGCGCAGAGCUUUCCGCAACGAGACUCGCAGGGAGGCCAAAAAGCACCCUCGCAAGGAUUGGCAAGACAGGGCCGAAAAAGUGAAACAAAUUUCAGAGAACAAGGGGAAAAGAAAACCCGAGACCUGGCAAGUGCAAAAAGCGGCUUUAAAGGAGAAGUUCGCCGGUGGUUGGAACCCACCUAAGAAGCUUUCACCUGAUGCGCUCGAUGGAAUUCGUCAUCUUCAUGCGAAGGCCCCCGAACAAUUCACGACCGCUGUCCUUGCGGAAGAGUUUGAAAUGUCCCCGGAGGCUAUUCGCCGAAUUUUGAAGAGCAAAUGGCGCCCGUCAGAGGAUGAGAUGGAGAGUCGGCGCAAGCGAUGGGAGAACCGGCAUGAUAGAAUCUGGAGUCGUAUGGCUGAGCUUGGUCUUCGCCCUUCGACCAACCGCACGCGAACACUUUCAGACUUCCAUGUCCUGUAUGAUGACAACAAUCGCGAGCGAAGAUAA